GUUAUGCGAUCCCAUUACCAGGGGUCCCCGCGAUUUCCACUUGCUGAUUUCAGGGGCCAUGGAGUAAAGCCUUCCGGACGACGCUGUCACCUGUUGAUUCCAGCGUGGCGGCUUGACAGGGCGCUGCGCACCCAAUUUUUAUAAACAAAGAUGCAUGAAGCCAGAAUUCACAAUGACAACAGUGACAGUGACCACAGAAAUUCCCCCACGGGGUAAGACAGAAGAUAAUUCUGCCUUGUAUGAUUCUGCAUCCGCUCACAUUAUUGAAGAAACUGAAUAUGUGAAAAAGAUUCGAACUACUCUGGAAAAGAUCCGAAAUCAAAUGUUUAAAGAUGAAGUAGGACGUAACAGUAUAAAUCACAAACUAGAUGUAAAGCGCUAUGGAAACAUUCAGAACGGCUCUGAUCCUGAAAUGGAUCCUUCUUGUUGCAGUUUGGAUCUGCUUAUGAAAGAGAUGAAAGGAAAAGACCUACAGCUCUUAGAAAUGAACAAAGAGAAUGAAGUAUUGAAAAUCAAGCUGGAAGCUUCCAGAGAAGCAGGAGCAGCGGCUCUGAGAAACGUGGCCCAGAGAUUAUUUGAAAACUACCAAACACAAUCUGAAGAAGUGAGAAAAAAGCAUGAAGACAGUAAACACUUACUCCAGGUUAACAAGCUCGAAGAAGAACAGAAAUUAAAACAACGGGUUGAAAACCUGAAUCAAGUCACUGAAAAACUUGAAGAAAAGCACAGUCAAAUCACAGAAUUGCAGAACCUUGUACAGAGAAUGGAAAAAGAAAAGAAAACACUACUAGAAAGAAAACAGUCUUUGGAAAACAAGCUGCUGCAACUCAAAUCCAACCCUACGUGUACUAAAAGUUGCCAGUCUCUUCAAAUGGAGAUUUCCACUCUCCAGGAGCAGAUCUCUCAUCUGCAGUUUGUGAUUCACUCCCAGCAUCAGAAUCUGCGCAGUGUCAUCCAGGAGGUGGAAGAAUUAAAAAACGAUUUGAAAGAACAAGAUAAAAGGAUUGAAACUCUCAAAGAAAAAGUUAACAUACUUGAAGCCCAGAAUAAAGAACUAAAAAGCAAGGUGGCACUUUGGUCUGAAACUCCUAGGACAAAGGUAUCGAAGGCUGUCUCUACAAGUGAAUUGAAGACCGAAGACAUCUCUCCAUAUUUGAUGUUGAUCAGGCUACGAAAAUGAACUGGCUCAUUGAAGAUCUGAUUGAUAAAAACCAUGUGGGUCUUAUUUAUUCCUUGAAGCACAGCCCAGACUUCCUUGUUAAAAUAGCACAAUACUGGUAAUGGAAUAGAAUUUAUUAUACAUAAGUAGUUUUGCAGGAAGAUGACAUUCCAAAAAAUCAAACAAAUGUGUAUUUAAGGGAAGGACUCUCUCUUCGAAACUUAUCAAAUAGGUGAAGAAAGCAGGUGCUUUUGCUUGAUGGAAGACAGAUUCUGCUUUACACUUUAAAAAAAAUCUGAAUUUUGUUUUCAGAUUUUUGCUACAGGGACUGUUUUAAGAUGGUCAACUCUGACCUUUUGAUAAUAGUUUUUAAAUGUACAAAUGGAAGAGUAGAGUGUAUUAUACGUAUGAACAAGCAAUAUAUUUUAAAAUUGACCUUUGGAUAAUAAGAAAGAUCUUACAACAUAAAUUCAUCUCCUGAUCCAUUGUUAGUGAGAAGAGUUAUUCCCUACUGAAUUAUGGGUACGAGGAGGAGUGGACUCUUUUUAGUUAAUUCCUUUGCCCACGUUAUUCUCCAGGUGAGAACUGUGGUGGCUGCCUGAGGACACCUUAGGAAGCCACUGGUUUUCAAUUGCUCUGGGAUUAAAAAUUGGUUGCUCAAGGUAACCCAGACACAAAAUCAUCCAGGCAUGCACACGGUGCACUCUGGCUUUGUGACUAAUUUUCUUUUUGAUAUGUAUUAAUAUUGCUUAAUUAAAAUAUCUGGGGGAAGAAUAGAACAUAAUGCUGUGAGCCCAUACCUCUAUAAAAAUCUCUAUGUCACCGGCUCAAAAAAAAAAAAAAAAAAAAAAAGAUGGCUGCUGUGUGCAGCCAGGAAGAAUUUGAAUUCAUGAACUGGAAUGAUAUGUCUAGUGCUCUUGUGAAAGUGUACUUAAAUUUUGAGACACGUCAUCAUUACAGGUGGAGUUUAUUAUUCCUAUGAGUAAAACCAAACUCUGACUUGCAGAAAGGCAAACAUACUGAUAAUCAGGAAAGCAGAACACAAUUAAAAGAAUAAUGAGAGACCUUAGUUACCCUAAAGAGGGAAUUCCCUUUAGACCUUUGCUCUUCCUCUAUGGUGUACAAUUUUAAACGCUUUCUCAGGAAAGGUGCUUCAAGCCUUUCAAUGUAGAAUGUGAAAUAUCAGUGUUUUCUAUAAAAUAUUUGAAGGUAUGUAAACACAGAAUGAAGUAAUGUAUUUAUAUAAUAACUUCAUCCAAGUACUGUAAUCCUUGAACUGUGUAACUAUAUGUGAGUGUUAUGCUUCAUGGUGUCUUUGGAAACAUUUUUAUUA